AUGGCGCAAUCAUCUGGACCACGCCAGACUCUGGCAGACUUUGCUCGUGCCUUGCACAAAACCUUAUCUACAGUCGAUACUUCGACAAGUCCUCUGCUCUCUCGUAAUGUCAUUUUCAGACUGGAUAGCGAUCUCAACAGUAACCCGUUCUGUCUGUUGCCAAAUACAUCGGGUUACGAGGAACUGGAUACGAUCGGGACAUUGCUUUGGAACGACUGCACCGAGCUGAUGAUCUCGCGCGGUCACAAUCCGGAGGACGUACUGUUGCUCGGCAAAGUGAGGGCUCUUGCGUUUGCAGUGUUGAACAUGGCUGUCUUGCCUGAUCUCCUAGUGAACCAGCAACGCGAAAUCGCGCUGAAUAUCUUGUCAGUGGCAGCUCGGAGGCUAGAAAGUGUUCAACCUGCUCAUCUUGGGCUUGAUCCGGCAAUUAACCGCAAUGUCACCACAAGAUACAUCUUGCUUCGUAUUCGACUGGCCUGGCUGCAGGACCGAGUAGAUAUUGCCGAGCAUUUCUUUGCUAAACUCCCUGCGCCGGUUGUGUCGGAUGAUGAAGAGUUGAUCUUCGAGACUUGUUUUAUCAUUGGUGACUCUGCGCUUGCACGGCGCCUGCCUGACAUCGCAAUCACAUGGCUGCAGAGAGCGAGCGAUCACUUGCAGUCUUUAUACGUUAUGACUCAGAUGCAGUUUCCAGACUACUACAAUUGGAACUUGGUUGUUCGACAUUCCCUUGAGCACCCUGCUAUGGUCCUUUUUGAUCUCUCUACGGGACAUAAUAAUCCUGGUACCGACGGAUCACUCCAAGGUCUGAAGAGUCUGGUUGAGAAGAUGACUCUCACAGAUAUGAACAUGCCGAUAAUUUUUCAAUUCGCCCGGUCUCUUGGCCAUACAAGUGGUUCAGAUAACGGAAUGGAAGCAUUUCGGAUUUUGCUCAUGCGCCCUUUGCCAACAAAAGAAUGGAGAGAGAAAUGCUUUGUUGCUUUCCUUCUACUUUUGAGCAGAUCGGAGUUCUCUGAUUCUAAGCGGAUUCGCAUCCUCCGGGGCGUGAUUGACGCACUAGAGAAGCGUGGAUAUCCAUCAAUUAGCACCAAUGCAGCUCACGCAACCGUGAUCUGUAUCUGGAAGAUAACUGGUGGUUCACUCCUCAAGAAGGACUACUGGACUGCACAGUCAUGGCUUCAGGUGUGCAGUGAUCCUAAGAUCUUUCAACACUGCUCCCUGUCCAUUCAGGUCGCGAUACAAAAGAAGCUGGCUGCAUGUUACCUACAGACUGGACAUAUCACCGCUGCUCGUCGGUUAAUCGAUCGGGGUCUAUUCCAAAGUCAGAUGGAUUGCCAAAGGAUGUACUUGUCUUACAAGUUGACAUUGCUGGAGGGAAACGAUGGCUCUGGGCAUUUCUAUCUCGGGUUUCCUUUGCAUCCCGUGCCGCACAAGCAAAUGAGUCUACUAUCCUGCGCAAUGGAAGCCCAGAGACAACACAAACCAGAGGAAGUACUGAACUGCCUUGAUCAAUUCAUCAAAUGUUUGACUUCAGAUGACAUUUAUCAUGACGACUUUGCCGCUGCCGAACAUUACCUAUUUGCAAUUACUCUUCUUUCCGAAGAGCUGUCCAAAGGAUUUAGCCAGAGGCUUGGCAACCGUAUUGAGACUGUGCUCCAGAAUGCCCUGUCUUAUGCAAAAGAGAACAGCAUGUUUGAAGGUGGCAACCAGGAGGUCUCAGUCACCCAACUGCAAUGGCUGUAUUUUGCAACUUACAAAAUCGCUUUGAAACUCAUCACCUCCUCCGGGCUCUUGUGGACUACUUCUGUCUUGGAUUAUUCCAGAGAUUUUGCGCUUCAGUAUCGUCAGAUUGCAUACCCUGAGAUGGGCUCUAAAGCACCCAGGCCGCAUUUCUUUGCGGUUGCUUACCUCCGUCUCCUUGUUAGCUCCCUCAAGGCCCGCUGCGAGGACGAUCCGACUGAAAAGGUAUCGCACUACAAGGAUGUACGCGCUUGUUUUCAGCAACUCAAUGACUUGCAUGGUUGGAAAGAUGGAGAAGAGGAGACAGAUGAUGAUGCAAAUUAUAAAGAAGACGGGCACUAUGAUAUUGCGAAAUUCUUCGACCUUGAGGCUGCCAUGCACCUCACGAUGUGGCAGGAUGUCGCCAGCAUAUGUGUAUCCGACGAUGCAUUCCCUGGUCCGAAGUUUUACGCCCCGAUCAUGGAUCUGACUCUCCAGUUAGACUUACCACCCAAACUGGCGAUAGGUAUCAUCAAGCGGAUUGUGUCGAAGCUCAAAAAGCUACAGGACGACCCCCCUACCACAUGGCAACGCGAAUUCCGCGUUUCCUUGCCCCAUUACCUUCAUUGUCUAUUCGAACUAGCCAUUGCACCGGUUCAAUACACAACCUCUUCUGGAAUUGCCUCUCUUGAUGUCGAAAUGGCCGAUCCCGAGGUUGCUGAAGAAGUUCUCGACGAAGUCCUCGCAAUGGCAGACGAAGAGGCAGGUGUUGAAGAAAGUGCACACCUACAGCAUGGGCUGCAUGCCAUCCAGGCCAAGUCGGAGCUUGGUGAAGUGUUUACAUAUCCAGCUGUAGAGUUGAUGCAGAUUGCUAGCAUGGCUUUCAACAAGGCCACUGACUUUUACCGUGCCACCCAAGACGAGGACUGUCAGCGUUGGGCAGACAAGGCUAUUCGUAUUUCUCAGCUUGUGCCUGGUGCCCAAGGUAAACAGCUAGUCGAGGCCCUUCAGAACAGACUGGGGAGCUUGAUUGGAGUUUGA